CCAUGUCCUUGAGACUAUAAAUAAACGAAGCAUGAGAAACGAGUGCUUUCCCUUUCUACGUACGCCAUUCGCUUAACAUGCUGCGCGCUGUACGGUCGUAAAUAUUACAACUCGUGCCCGACACACUUCAUAUUCAGUAGAACGAGAAACGGCGAGUACAACUUUGGGAAAUUAGUAUUUUAAAGAUGGGAUUACACGACCUUAAGACGGAUGCAGAAAAAUCGAGUGGCAAAGAUUCGAGGAAGAUUAAGAAACCUUUGAUUGAAAAACAACGCCGAAAACGAAUCAACGACAGUCUAGGCGAGUUGAAGAGAUUGGUUUUGGAAGCGCUUCAUCGAGACGCUUCGUUGUACGAAAAAAUGGAGAAGGCUGACAUUCUGGAUCUUACAGUCAGUUAUCUAAGAUCGACGCUGGGCGCUCGAAGGCAGCAAGACGCCACAACCGGUCUGGCGAGUUACCAAGCCGGUUUCCGCGAUUGUCAAGAUCACAUGACGCGGGUAUUAAUUUCUGACCAAACGUUGAACACUGAAAAAAAGACUCAGAUGAUUUCGCAUAUAGCAAAUACAAGACCCAUUAUGGCACUGCCAAUGCCCCAAACAAUUCACUGCGUUCCAAAUGUCAGUACUUCAUGCGGACAGCUCUGCCCCACACAAACACCUUCGACUAGCACAAAUGUACCUGAGUUAUCCAAAGCCGAAGGCUUAAAACUUCAUCCCCCUACUGCUACUGCUACAGCAAGCGCACACCCCUCGAAUUGUCAGAACAGUUCCACAGGUGAAGCGACGUGGAAAGCAUGGAGACCUUGGUAAAAUUCAAUUCAAAAUUAUCUCGCUAUUAAAUAUGUAUAAUGUAUCUAAGCAUGUUCAAGCUGGACUUGAUGGUGUUGUCCUACAACUGUUGUAGAUCUAAAUUUAAUGUUGUUUUAAACUAUCUUAAUUUAUAAUGAUUUGCUAAUCGAUAGCAUUAAUGUUGAAAUGUAUUUACAGAAUUGUAGCCUAAUUAAUGAAUACAUGAAUUAUGAUUUAAAAUAAAUCAAAAUCAUCACGAA